GAAUCCAACCUUUUUCAUACCAACACAGGCUUAACUCUGCUUAUACAAAUGUCUAGCAUUCUCUCACACACCCAGUUCUUCCUCUUUCUUCUCUCCCUAUGCAUCUGCAACAUCUCUUUGGCUUCUUCAGCCUUGAGCGAUGAUGGCGGCUUCAGCAGAUGGGUGUCGUGGAAUGUCGAAAAUUACCAUCGUGAAACUUGGUUGAAUGCAGUGUCGACGGCUCGAGCUCCCGGUAUUCCCGGGAAGAAACUAGUUGAUUGGAAGCUGUGGAAAGCAGAUAUGAACAAGGUACGGAAGACAGUGAGCCAAGACGGAACCGGCGAUUACAGGACGAUUUCGGAAGCUCUUAACAGUAUUCCUGUGUUCAACACCAGGAGAGUCAUUUUGGUGAUCAAGCCUGGGGUUUAUAGAGAGAAGAUUAAUGUACCAAGAAAUGUGCCAUUUGUGACAUUUUUGGGAGACUCAACUAGUCCACCAACAAUCACUGGGAAUGACACGGCAUCCGUGACUGGAAGAGGUGGAACACCAUUGAAGACGUUUCAGAGCGCGACCGUCGCAGUCGACGCGAAUUAUUUUAUUGCCGUCAACAUCAAAUUCGAGAACACAGCUCCACAUGAGGUUGGAUCGAUAGGAGAACAAGCAGUGGCAUUGCGGAUAUCGGGCACGAAGGCGGCGUUCUACAACUGCAGCUUCAUUGGGAACCAAGACACUCUCUACGAUCACAAGGGCCUUCACUAUUUCAAUAACUGCUUCAUCCAAGGCUCUGUGGACUUUAUCUUCGGCUAUGGCAGGUCUCUUUAUGAGAACUGCUAUUUGAACUCCGUCGCCAAGAAAGUGGCCUCUCUCACAGCGCAAAAACGCACGAAUGCCUCGUUGGCAAGCGGGUUUUCCUUCAAGAACAGCACCAUCACAGGGAGUGGCCUCAUCUACCUCGGCAGGGCAUGGGGAGACUAUUCCAGGGUCAUUUUCUCUUACACUUUCAUGGACAGGGUGGUUGUUCCCCAGGGAUGGAGCGACUGGGGCGACCCGAAACGUGAUGCACGAAUCUAUUACGGAGAAUACAAGUGCAGUGGACCUGGAGCCAACACGACAGGAAGAGUUUCAUGGGCAAGAAUGCUGACAGAUGAGGAGGCUAAGCCGUUCCUAGGGACUUACUACAUCGAGGGCGAUACUUGGCUCCUAAGCCCUUGAAUUUCUAGGAACAUAUGUAAUCUCGCAAGAGAAGGCGAAGAAACUGCUAAGAGUUCGCAGAUUAUUGUUCCUUCA